AUGUACGUAUACAGCACCAUACAGCAGCAGCAGCCACUGCCCUCUAGGCCCCACCACCAGCAGCAGCAGCAGCAGCAACACCACCACCACCACCACAACCACCACCACCAGCAGCAGCAGCAGCAGCAGCAGCAGCAGCAGCAGCAGCAGCAGCAGCAGCAGCAGCAGCAGCAGCAGCAGCAGCAGCAGCAGCAGCAGCAGCAGCAGCAGCAGCAGCAGCAGCACAGCCAGCGGUUGAAGGGUUCACUGGGACGUCAGCAGGAACAACAACAGCAGCAGCAGCAGCAGCAGGAGGAGGAACGAGAGGUACUGAAAACACCAACAACAGCAGCAGCAACAGCAGCAACAGCAACACAAACAACAAAGAAGAAGAGGAGAUAG